AUGCUUUCGAGAUCGAUACUCGCCCUCCUAUCCCUCCUGACACUUACCUCCGGACAUAUCGUUAUAAACUACCCGGGCUGGAGGGGAGACAAUUUACAUUCGAAUGGAACGGUGCAAGAGUCCAACGGGCUGGAAACUGCCAAUGUAGACGGCAACUAUAUCUGGCCGUAUGGCAUGCAAUGGUCAUAUCCUUGCGGUGGAAUGCCCACAUCUACAAACCGUACAAAAUGGCCCGUCAAAGGCGGCGCAGUUUCCUUCCAACCAGGCUGGUUUACUGGCCACGGUACCGCCUUUAUCUACAUCAACCUGGGCUUCGGCACGAUCCCACCCAACAUGUCCAAUGUCAUGGUGAACGGCAUACAGCUCAUCGGGCCUACGAAGGACCCUUACCCUGGGACGUUUUGCCUCCCUCAGGUGCCUCUGCCAGCGAACGCCUCAGUGAAAGUCGGAGACAAUGCGACCAUCCAAGUCAUUGAAACGGCCGUUCACGGUGCCGCUCUGUACAGUUGCGUUGACAUUACUUUCGCCGAACCCGAGGACGUCCCGGAAGUGAAUGCCAGCAACUGCUUCAACUCGUCGCAGAUCUCCAGCUCGUUGGUCUUUACGACAACGGAUUUAAAGAGUGAUGCCGGCUUGCCUAUGACGACGAAUCGGUACAGUAGCUAUAUGACGACAGCGUUGGUGGUAUUAUUAGGACUUUUGGCACUAUGA